GAUUCCGCUUCCAUCGGUGCGUCCGCUUCGUCGGCAUGCGUAUUGCCCGUUUAUUGCUAGUCUACUGCGAAAACCGUACUCGUAUUUUCAACAAAUGGAACGAAAGUGGGGCGGACAAGUUAAGUCACAAAGCUCUGCGGAACAUGAAAAUGGACUCACAACCUUGUGGAGAGGCCACAUAACUGAGUCAACUAGAAAAUACAAAAUGGGACUUUUUGGAAGAAAUGGAGCAAGUGAGGCAGACUGGAGCCGCUACUCGACCAUUACAACGCCGGGAAGGCGGUGCGAAGGAGCGUUAGAAAGAUCGGAUGUGACCUGUUUGCCUUUCCAGGAAGGCCAGGGCGGGUUGGGUCAGGUUCAAGUCUCUUCCUGUGAUGUCACGCAAGAGACUUUCCGUAGCUCACGCUUCACUGAUCAUCCCACGCUAGGCUUCACCUUCUUCUUCUUCUUCUUCUUCACAAUUUUGUUGGCGUUGUUGGCAGGUGGCCACAAGACGCGUCAACUGCUCAAAACUCAGACUUCAGGAGGACCUCCUGCAAGGCGUCAUUAUGGUCCGAGUGGCUUUUCCCGCGAGCGUCUUGAUGCUCACGAGUGCAUUUAUGGGGACGGUCCGCUCCGGGAACGAGCCGCCGGUCCGCAAAAGAAGAGACUGGAUCGUCCCAGCGUGGCCACUCAAGGAAAAUGUCGAUCACACACAAAAGGAGUCCAUAGCCAAGAUUCGAUCGGAUUUCCAAGUUGACAGGGACAUCAGCUACUCCCUGGAGGGCGUCGGUGCCACCCAGUACCCCUUCAACGUCUUUGUGGUGGACCCCAAAACGGGACUCAUUCGCGUCACUCAAGUGCUCGACAGGGAGGCCAUCGACACCUACAACCUGUUGGCCAUCGCCAGGUUCAACGACGGCGCCGAGGCCGAGAAAAGGAUCGACCUACGCAUAAAGGUGCUGGACGAGAAUGACAACGAGCCGGAGUUUGACUCCACGGAUCCCGUGGACGUGUACGAACGGAGCCCUGCGGGAACGCCCGUCACAAGAGUCACCGCGACUGAUGCCGAUGAACCUGGCGAUCCCAACUCUCAGCUGCUCUACACCAUCGUGAAGCAGGAACCCCCUCACAACAUGUUUCGCAUUAACAAAGACGGAAACGUCUACGUGGACAAGUCCACUCUGGAUAGAGAGAAAACAGACCAAUACUUUGUAACGGUGCAAGCUCAGGAUCUCAAUGGCGACCCUGACGGACUCACGGGGACCAGUACGUUGACCAUUAAUGUGCUGGACGUCAACGACAACCUUCCGACGUUGGAAAAAGACCAGUACGAGGGCAGCUUUAUGGAGAACACGCAGGGCGUGGAGGUGAUGAGGAUCAAACCUCAAGACUUGGACCUGGAGGAUACGGAAAACUGGCAAAGUGUGUUUGAUAUCGUCAAAGGCAACGAGGCCAAGUAUUUCAGCAUCAAAACAGACCCAAAGACCAACGAGGGUGUCCUCAUGCUUGAUAAGGCCGUGGAUUACGAGGACGUGAAGGAUCUUGUUCUAGGAUUGACCGUGAGGAACAAGGCUCCACCUUAUGAAGGACUUGAAGAAAGCACGAUCUAUAACAUUUAUCUCGUCAAAAUCAACGUACAAAACCAACGUGAGGGUCCAUAUUUUGACCCUAAAGUCAAAGUGGUCACUAUGUCGGAGGGAGGCAGCACCAUUAGCAUUAAUGAUGUCAUCACUCGCUACCCGGCACUAGAUGGCGACACUGGGAAACCAGCUGAGAAAGUCAAGUAUGUUAAAGGUUCCGACCCCGACAACUGGCUCACCAUCGAGCCGAAAACCGGUGACAUCACACUGAGCAAGAUGCCCGACAGAGAGUCCACUUUCUUGGUGAACGGGACCUACUACGCUAAGAUACUCUGUAUUUCCGAAGACAUCCUCUCAAGCACCGCCACCGGGACCGUGGCCAUCCAGGUGGAAGACUUCAACGACCACUGUCCCACCCUGACCAGCGCCCUCCAGACUCUGUGCAUUCCCGACGACGCCGUCAUCGUCACCGCUGUCGAUGAAGACGACUACCCUAACGGUGCUCCUUUCACCUUCGAAAUCAUCCCGGAGGGCACGAAGGGAAAAUGGCAGGUGGAGCAUCUCAAUGAUACUGCAGCCAUCUUGAGGGCUCAGCACUCCUUAUGGCCUGGUCUCCACGAGGUGGAAUUAUUGGUGAGGGACGAGCAGGGGGAGGCGUCCCCGGAGCCGCAGAAGGUGACGGUCCAGGUGUGCGCCUGCGAGGACGGAGUGCGUUGCGGAAGCCGAGGCGGAAGAGGUCAGCCCAACAAGAGCUCCGCGUUAGGACCCGCAGGCAUCGGAUUGCUGUUACUGGGCCUGCUGCUGCUGCUGCUGCUUGUUCCCCUGCUGCUGCUCUUCUGCCAGUGUGGUGGCGCUGUGGGGCUGCCAGUGGGUGCGGCGGACAUACCAUUUGAAACCAAGUCACACUUGGUCAUCUACUGCACCGAAGGCCAGGGGGAGAACGCGGAGGUUCCGUUAAACCUCAUGCUGACAAAGAUGGAGGCCGAAGACAUGACCGAUCGCAUGAACCAGUCGGUCUUUGUGGACGCCUUCGAGGGAAACAUGGCGCAGUCGUGGGCGAGGAGGCAGGGCAACGCGAACGCCUUCUACUCCAGGUUCGGGGGUACAGCGGUGGGAGGCCAGGCCACGGCAGCGUACGACAGCAUCGCUCUACCGGAACACCUGCUGGCCCAAUACUACCAGCAGAGGGUGUACAGCAGAAGUCGCGCAGGCAGUUUGGCGGAGAAGGACGCUCAGUUGAAGUACAACUUUGAGGGCCAAGGCUCCUCGGCCGGCUCGGUGGGCUGCUGUAGCCUCCUGGAGAACGACACCGACCUGCAGUUCCUCGACCACCUCGGCCCCAAGUUCAAGACUCUGGCGGAGGUGUGCUGUGGCCAGAAGAUCCAACAAGACGUCUCGCCGCUGCCCACAAAGGUUGUGAUUGAACAGAGUCCGGAACUCCCAAAGCUGCCAUCAGUUGUCCCCAGGGUAGACCCGACCAUAACUCAGGUGGUGGAGGAAAACACGACGACUGCGGAACAAGGGAUGACAGCAGUGAUGGGAGGGAUGGAAAACCAAGGCCAGAUGUUCUUGCUUCAGCAGGAGCAGCCUCUCUACUACACUGCUGCCGCCCCCAUGCAUUACGUAGUCCAGCCACAAGUCCAGAACACCAUGCUGUUGGCUGAGGCACCAGCUACCAACCUCCAGGGUGUGGUUCUGGCAGCACCUGCGCAAGGCAUGCUAGUGUCCAGCAGACACACCAAGGAAGCCGGCGUGGUGCUGGUGGAGAAUCCCAUGGUCCAGACCAAGAUCCACGCCGGAAAACAACCUGGACUCCAGAGCAUGGUAGUGGUGGAACGCAAGCUCCCUGUUGGGUCCGUUAAAGUUUUCAGAGGGAGCCAAACCGCCCCGGUGCAAGGAGGUGGAGAAGCCGGAUGGAUUUCUGGAGCUCAACGAGUCGUCCUGGUGGAAGGCUCAUCCAGCGGAAAUGAAAGUGUGUCCCAGAAGAGGAACAACUCUGGAUCUGUAAAGUCCUUCAACCUUGGACCUCAGGUGUCUUCUUCCAGAAUCCCAACAUACCGCAAGGUGGCGGUGCAGCAGACACGCAAAUAACGGAUUUUGGCCAUGCGGCGUUCCCAGCAGAGACGCAACAUGGAUACUUCUCCCAACUGGAUUCAGAGUCGAAGGGUGACAGAGUCAAUCACGCUGACCGUUCCCAGCGCAAAGAAUUUGACUGGAUUUAAAGAACACCCUCAGAAAUCCCCUCUCUCUUAUUUUUGGUAUGUGAAAAGAUCUUUUUGUAUGCACCUCCAAGCGAAAACAAGGAAUGUACCCCACCCCCACAUCGCGUGAAAUGAACGUAAGGUCGCUAUGAAUGCUUGGCCCGGCCGCCGUGAUAACGCCAUUGGCCAAGGGCCAAUCAGAGCGAAGCUGUUUUCCAUAUUUAUGUGGAGAAAAUGAGUGAUCCGAUAAGCGCAAAGCUUAUUUACGUGUUGCAUAUUAAAUGAGAAAGUGGCAGGUGAAAAAGAUCGAUGAGAACAGCUUGAAGAGGGACUUUGUGGACAUUUCGAAUUAUCUUGCAAAAUUGAUCAAAGGACAUCAAAGAUGAUAAAAAAAAAUGAAAAUAUUUGCCGGACGGGAGCCUUUAAAGUCGUUCAAAAUGGUGAAAAGCUAAAAAGAAUGCCAAAUAAAAGAAAAGCGCACAGCAAGUGCACUUUGGGUGUGUCGGCGCUGAGAUUUUGUGUGCUCGUGCAUGUGGGAGCUUCACCCUUGCAGAACCGGUUUUCAACCCCCCAACACACACACACGCGCACACCCAGACUCAUCGCCACUUGUUCUCGGUGCCACUGCAACGCUUCAUUAUUCUCAUUUGGUAACAUGAAUGAGUGCACAUGUAAUUGAUUUCAUUCAUGUGUAUUGUUCAUAUCGUCGUGAGCAGCCAAACUUGUGUUCUUAUGUCGCAGUUAUCGCCCUUUUUCUCUUUCGCGUCACCACUAGCAUUCCGUAGCUCGUCAUACCAGAGUUAUAUAAUCACGUAGUAUUCGGCAUUUCGAUGACGGACAUGUCGCUUUGUUAAGUACUCGCACCGAGACACACCUGUGGAGGAGGAAAAAUCCAGCAGGUAUCAAGGCCACGCCUCGUCGAUCCUCGGAAUUCCAAAAUAUUGAAAGUGUCACUUUGACAAGGUCAGAUGAAGUGUUAUGGAUAAACAUUUGAGAGUCACUGAUGCCGAAGCGGUACACUGGCCUGACUUCGGUGCGGGCAGCGUGGGUUCAGUUCCCACUCAGUGACGGUGCGAAUGGUUGUCCGUGUCUGUAUGUGCCUGGCGACCAGUCUGCCUUUUGCCCAAAGUCAGCUGGGUAGGUUAAUAUUUGUAAAAACCUUGGCAACAAUGGCGAGUGAAACGAGUUGUUUUGAUGGACGACUUCUUAUGGGCGCGGUCGCCAUUGUAAGACUUAAGUCCGAAGUCAUCAUCAUGUGAGUCAAUUGAACGUGACUCAUAGACUUAAGUCCUUGUUUAUGCUCUCAAGUCACGUCAACACCAAGACCUGCUCCUGCAGGGUAGAGUGCACUCUCCGGGUCGGGGGAAGAGAUCCUGCCCCAAGUGGAGGAGUUCAAGUAUUUCGGGGUCUUGCUCACGAGUGAGGGAGGACCGGAGCGGGAGACCUACAGGCGGGAUCCGUGCAGCGUCUGCAGUGAUGCGGACUCCGUAUCGGUCUGUUGUGGUGAAGAAGGAGCUGAGCUCUCGAUCUCCGUUCCCACCCUCAGCUGUGGUCACGGGCCGUGGGUCGUGACCGGAAGAACAAGAUCGCGCAUACGAGCGGCAGAAUUCCGGGCUCUCCCUGAGACACAACGGGCGAGAAGCUCGGUCAUCCGAGAGGGGCUCAGAGUUGAGCCGCUGCUCCUCCGCAUCGAGAGGAGCCAGAUGAGGUGGCUCGGGAACCUGAUUAGGACGCCUCCCCGGUGAGGUGUUCCGGCCACCGGGAGGACACGCUGGAGAGACUAUGUCUCUCGGCUGGCCCGGGAACGCCUCAGGAACGCCUGGGGAUCCCCCGGGAAGCGCUGGACGAAGUCUGGGCUUCCCCUGCUUAAGCCGCCGCCCCCGCGACCCGACCUCGGAUAAUAAGCCGAAGACAACGGAUGGACGCUGCAAAUCUGAAAAGCUGGUGAGCAAACGUGCGCUUAAAGGCAUUUAAACAAAGUGAUGGCGUUUGUAUUUUUCCAAAUUUUGACGCCAACAUUUUCUCAUUUGCUGCAAACGAACAUUGGUUGCCAAUAUCGGUCAUCGGCCUCCUUGCCUACUAACAAUCGGUAUCGGCCCUGAAAAAAACCAAACAUAUUGGUCUGUGUCUAGCAAAGUCCGAGAAAAAUGAUCACUUUAAAAAUCUUUUGAAAUAGCGAAAGCCAUUUUUGCCAUCUUGUGACCCAACGCCUCAAAUAAAGGCAACUGACGGCCAUGUUCUUCGUACAUUUUUCCAACUUUGACCACAAACCGACUCACUUGGGGUAGCGAUCACGAGGCUUUCGUGAAACUGAGCCGGUGACACACGAUCUGACAACCAAACCGGCCCGACCGCUGAGGCGGCUGUCCGUUUCCAACGCCAGCGGAAGCCGAGUGUUGAGUGACAGCCGCGUCGUUCUGCCGGAAUGAGCUCCCGCCACGAACUCACCGACGCUACGUUCUUACUUGCUUACUCACGCUCUCUGGGCGUGGCGCUCCCGUCAGCAGGUUUGGGCGAGACGGCAAUUCUCUUCGAAACGUCGGGCGAUUCUUCGUGUGACGUUGACGCUUCCGGCGUCAUGUGGAGUCAAAAAACACGAGAAGAGAUUCCACGGGAUGCGUCGUCGAUGAUGCAUUGGAAGUGUAUUUUGCAUGUAGCACAUUCAAAAUGACGUCCAGGUAAACUCGAGGCACAUAUCAUAAAUAUGUUAAGAAUAUGAAAUAAUACACUUAAAUAGUAAUAGUACAUCAGAGAUGUAUAGAAAGAUGAUGUCAACUUGCUACAUGAGAGGCGUGACAUGAAAUAUGAUGUAAACGUCCAAAGUUUCUCAUUCAACGGCGAGAGAAAGUGUGUCCGCACUUUCGACUGGCAGCGUAUGCGCUUCCAUGAAAUAUGAGGUCCUAUCCUAAUAUGUAAUAUAUUCCUUCAUACGAUGUGGACGAAAGGCGUACGCAUUAAAAUAUGACAUCGAUAUGCGACAUUACGAUAUGUGAAUGGGGUCAAUUAAAGCUUCAUGUCAAUUCAAAAGAAUGUAAAUAUUCGACAUUCAAAGUGUGUAGACGUUAAAGAGGUAUGUGAAUAUGACACAUUAGCGGUGUACCGGUAUACAGUAUGAUGAAAAUAUUCUAUAUUGAUGAAUGUAAUAUCAUAUGUUAAAGAUGUAACAGACAUUGAAUGUGGUUCAUUAGAGUUGUAUGCAUUAAAAUAUGAUGUAACUAUGCUGCAUCAGCGAUACGUGAUGUAAAUGUGACCAACUAGAGGUAGCGAUAAAUAUGUCAAUAUUCUACAUUAAGGGUGUGUGGAUAUUAAAUAGGAUGUGAAUAUGAUACAUUGGGUGUUUCCAUUCAACACAGUAUGAUGUAAAUAAGCGGAGUUACAUUAAACAUGUGAUACAUUAAA